ACAAUUCAAACGAGGGGCAGAGGACAACAUCUUUGCCCCACUGGCUGUGGAAGCCAAGCCACACCCUGUGCACCGCACCCCAAGCUUACUGGACCCGCAGGACCCAGUGUACAUCCCAAGCCCAAGUCCGGCCAAGGCAGACCCAGGUUCACCUUCAGGGAUAAUUCUCCAGAUGUCCUCCGGUAAUGAGCAAUUUGGUAUUCCACUGUCACCAAGAAACACCAGCGGUCUUUCUGAGAUGACCUUUAGUGACCUGAAGUCAUACACCAAAGGGGCUGUGUUAAGUUUUUAUAACAUCUGCUAUCGAGAAAAAGUGAAGAGUGGUUUUCUACUUCGUUGCAAAACAGUGGAGAAAGAACUAUUAUCAAAUAUAAGUGGGAUCAUGAGACCUGGCCUCAAUGCCAUUCUGGGACCUCCAGGUGCAGGCAAAUCUGUGUUAUUAGAUGUCUUGGCUGCAAGAAAACAUCCAGAAAAGUUCUCUGGAGGUGUGCUGAUAAAUGGGGAAUCUUAUCCUGACAAUUUGAAAUAUUAUUCAGGUUAUGUGGCAAAAGAUGAUAUUAUGAUGGGCACACUGACAGUGAAAGAAAACUUACACUUCUCAGCAGCUCUUCGGCUUCCAACAACCAUGACGAAUCAUGAAAAAAGUGAGAAGAUUAAUGAGGUCAUUGAAGAGUUAGGUCUAGGUAAAGUGGCAGAUUCCAAGGUUGGAACUGAACAAAUCCAGGGUGUAUCUAGAGCAGAAAGAAAAAAGACCAGCAUUGCCAUGGAGUUGGUCACUGAUCCUUCCAUCUUGUUCCUGGAUGAACCCACAAAUGCUUUAGACUGCAGCACAGCACAUGCUGUCUUUUUACUUCUGAAAAGGAGAUCAAAGCAGGGGCGAACAAUCAUCUUCUCCAUUCAUCAGCCUCGGCACUCCAUCUUCGAGAUGUUUGAUAGCCUCACCUUACUGGCUGCAGGAAAGCUAAUAUUCCACGGUCCUGCACAGAUGGUUGUACACUACUUUGCAUCAGCAGGUUACAACUGUGAGCUCUACACCAACCAUGCAGUGUUCUUGCUAGAUGUCAUCAGUGGGGUUUUCCCUGCUGUGGAAUCAGACACAAGAGACAAAGACCAUGAACGUAUGUGGAUUGGUGAGGAGAUUGAAGUAUUUUCCACAAAAGAGGAGCCAGUCAUAGAAAAGUUAGCUAAAUUCUAUGAAAACUCAUCCUUGUACCAAACUACAAAACUUAAACUAGACCAACUCUCAGAUGGUUGGAAGAAGAAGGACUCAGCCUUCAAGGAGUUCACCUAUGCCACCUCCAUUUGGCAUCAACUCAGAUGGAUUAGCUGGCGCUCAUUUAAAAACUUCCUGGGUGAUCGCCAGACCUCUAUAAUUCAGAUCUUUAUCAUGAUUAUACAGGUACUGCUUAUAGGUGUUUUUCUCGUUGGAAUAAAAAAUGAUUGUGAUGCCAUCCAGAUUAGAGUCUGGAUGUUCUGUUUGGUGGCAAUCUCCUUUUGUGAAGACUUUGUUUCUGCAGUACAGUUGUUUCUUGGGGAAAAGAAACUUUUUAUGCACGAGUACAUGAGUGGAUACUACAAAGAGCCAUCUUAUUUCCUUGGAAAACUGUUGUGUGAUUUGAUACCCAAGAGGUUCUUGCAAUGUUUUAUUUUUACUUUCAUUCUGUACAUCACAGUAGGACUGAGACCAGCAGUGGAGGCUUUCUUCAUUACAAUGCUUACCCUUUGGAUGAUGGCUUGUUCAACUGAUUCUGUGAUGCUAGCCAUCACAGUAGGCCAGAAUGUACUGCUGCCCAUAGCAUUAUUUCUCGGAUUCAACUUCCUUUGGUUUAUGCUGAUGCUUUCGUUUAUGAUAUUUCUCUUCAGAACUACUGGGUUUCAGUUCUUGUGGCUUCAGUACAUCAGCAUUCCACACAUAAGCCUGACGGCUUUGCAGCAUAAUGAAUUUUUGGGACAAAACUUCUGUCCAGGACUUGGUGAAACUGGAAGCAAUGGCUGUCCUGACUACGUAGUAUGUUCUGGUGAAGAAUUCCUGACAAGUCUGGGUAUUGAUGUAUCCCCUUGGGGCUUAUGGAAGAAUCACGUGGCUUUGGCUGUUGUAAUGAUUGUCUUCUUCACAAUUACUUUCAUAAAAUUGAUAUUAGUUAAAAAAUAUUUUUAAAUUCCCCUUAAUAUACUGUGAACCAGUGUUAUUUUAUCAUUAAAAAAGCAUGAUAGCCAAA